AUGUCGUCGAAUUUAGUUAGUCUGGAUUUUAUGCCACUUGAGAACUCCGGUGAAAACUAUCUAUCAUGGGCGCUCGAUGCUGAUCUGCAUCUAGAAGCGAAUAAACUUGGUCAUACGAUCAUUGGGAGAGACUGUACGUCAGACGAACGCGGCAGAGCUGUAGCUUACUUGCGCCGUCACCUCUCCCCAACCCUGAAACAAGAGGUAGCACACUGUAGAGAACCUCAAAAGUUAUGGAGUACCAGAAAAGGGAAAUAUGACCAUUUUAAGGUGGUCACCCUGCCAAAAAUUUGUGACCAAUGUAUUCAUCUGAGGUUUCAGGAUUUUAAAUCCGUAUCGGCUUACAAUUCUGAAUUGUACAAAAUCGCUGCUCAAUUUAAGAUGUGCGGUGAGCCGUUAUCAGAAGAAUCCAAGCUAGAGAAGACGCUGAGUACUUUUCAUGCUUCGCAUAUUGUACUCCAGCAGUUAUAUCGGGAACGUCGUUUUACACGGUAUUCUGAUCUUAUAUGUUGUCUUCUCGUGGAUGAGCAGAAUAACGAAUUGUUAAUUAAAAAUUACGAGUCCCGUCCUUGUGGUUUUGCUCCGGCGCCCGAAGUAAAUAGGGCAUCGUAUUCUGGACAUGGACAUGAUCGUGGUAAGCAGGGUUAUCGUGGAAAGAAGCGUAAACGCGGAGGCUAUAGGCAUAUAAAUGCUAACAACCAUCCGUAUAACAAAAAUGCGAAAGCGGAGCAAGAUAAAGGGAAGGGAUCGACUUCCAAUUCUCAAAAGAAAUAUGAGAAUCCCCUCAAGAAAAAUGACGAGGGUUGCUAUUGCUGUGGUUCUAAAGACCAUCGGUAUAAAUGCUGCCGCGCGGAUCUCUGUGAGCCUCACAAGAAAAGGGAAGCAAACGUUGAGAUGAAUUUGGCAGAAUGCAAUAUUUCCACUGAAUCUCCAAAGUUAGAGGUUUCUGACUACCUACUCGAUUUUGAGGGCAAUGGAUACCAGACUGCUUUUGACCAGUUUGCUGAUGGGUUGUUUAGUGUAAAUUAA